UUGUUGAUGUUGCAGUUCAAUUUAUGCUUUCGUGUCGGCCGGUCGCAAGCGCAGGAACGUGCUUGGUCGCUAACGAUUUAGAGAAAGAUAGUACGCGAUAGUUCGUCCGUGGGUCAUGUGAGAAUCGUUCUGAUCGUGAGUUGUACUUAGGAGUAUUUAGCUGUUUAGUGGAAAAAGAACACCGGAACAGCACUUCCCAUCGAAAAACGGAAACGUACGAAACAAGUUACGGAUGUGCACGAACCGCAGAUAUUGUGUACGCUAGUCGUCGUUAUUUCUGUGAAUGUAUCUUCGUGAAGUUAUUCGUUAUUUGAACGCAGAAACGAAAAGAGUUGAGUGUUAAGUGUGCAUUUCCUGCUGACGAUCAACAUUACCCAUCGCCGAUCGUCUUUCGAACGGAUAUAAAGGAUAGUUAGUGUGAGCGGAACAUCACGAAACGGUGAAAGGAUAUCUGCCAUUAGCAACACAAACCUCUCGUGCCUUUUUAUGGGCAAAAGCGUAAAACAACCCGUAUAAAGUGUUUGCUACUCUGAAUCAUCCCUCAUGCUGUAAGAACGUGCCGGUGCGUUUCUUACUUGACUUACUUUGUGAGUGCGGGAGUGCAUUGUGGAAGAUUUUGUCGACCGCUCAUACUUCCGGUAGGAAUUGGGCAAAAGCAAAAAAUCGGUGCAAAAGUAGUUGUUGGUGAUCCAUGGUGACUUGCCUUACGUUUUAUGGGCAUCAAACCUGUUCCCUCUCCGGGUAUGUGUGUGUGUAUGUUUGUGAAUAUGUGAGCCGGAGUUUUUGAGCGGGAAGGAAGAAGAAUAAGCGAUACAGCUCAGCCAAGGGAAGAAGGAGAAGAGAUAAAAAUAAAGCAGGCGAUAAGCAAACAACGACAGAUAGCUAGCUAAGGAAAAAUCUAACGACGUCAACGGAACCAACAUCGACGCUAUCGCGCUGCUCAAGUGCUGUGACAUAAGGGAAUUGACGGGGAUCGUUUGAAGGCGAAAAAAAAGCAUCGCACCAGCUACGAGGGCGGGAUAGAUAGUGAAGGAACCAAGCCACGGGAAAGGGGAAGUUUUCGCAGCAAGAGCAACGGCGGUGCAACAUAGUUGCACGGAAGAAGUGACCAUCAGUAGGUGGCACAGAACAGUCAAGGGCAGCUGCCAUAGCCAGGCGAGCGCGGUGAAACUUCUUACGCUUCAAAUGUGGUCCGACGCGAUGAGCACCUUGGCGAAGAUGUAUCCAAAGUUAAGUGCAGUCGAACUGUCAGCGAUCCUUAUGAAAGGAGCCGCCAUGUCCGCAUCGCUCGAACGAGACUCUGGAUUCAACUCGGGCAGUUCGGAGCACGAGGAUGAUCUGAAGUCGUUGGAUCAGAGCUCGCGCGAUGGAUUGAUCAGUCCCGAAAACAGUUCCGAAGACUCGGUCCCCGAAGCAAAGCUUGCAUCAUCAACCGCAAUAACGACGCAGGCUUCCUCGUUGGUUAAGAACAAGCGUAAGAGCACGGAACCGCUGCGUGUGGUGGCGGAGACGGAGCUGUUGGCACCGUUGAAGAAGCGCAAACGGUACGACGAAGAACGGCAGCACGCCGAAGAUCUACUCCAGCAGCAACACCAUCACGAGCAGGAUCACGAAGAGCUCGAUGCCGCCACCUCACCGGUUUCAUCAUGCCGCACCGCCACCAGCCCAUUUCGUCCCUGGGCGCCUUCAUCGAUGACACUGGAAGGAUCCACUGUGGUUCCCCUUCCAGCACCCUUUGUGCCUCCGUUUCCCAACCCGGCCGAUCUGCUUGUGCGUCAUCCCGCCGUCACGACAUUGCACCGGGCCGUCAGUAUCAAACCACUCGAACAGCUGCAACCGUUGGCCCUGGUGGCUAAAAAGAGUGCCUCUUCGUCAUCCUCCUCAAAAAAUCAAUCCCCACGACCAAACCCCCGAGCGUCAUCCCGUUCACCACAGCGUACUCCCGACUGGAAGGAGCUGCAGGAGCAACAUGGACACCUUCACAGCCAUGCACCAUCAGGCACUCUAUUUGUGCAGCCGCGUGCACCUCCUUCGCUCGAUGACACCAACGAUUCGAUCACGGAUCAUGAGUCAUCGAUUCCUUCCGGUGGUGGACAUGGCAAGUCUUCCGGUGGUGGUGCCGGUUCGCAAACGCGCAACUACAAAAACAUGACGCGCGAAAGGCGAAUCGAGGCGAAUGCACGCGAGCGAACCCGGGUGCACACGAUCUCGGCCGCGUACGAGAAGCUCCGGCGAGCUAUACCGGCCUACUCGAACGCACAGAAACUCUCGAAGCUGUCGAUCCUGCGUAUCGCGUGCUCGUACAUCCUAACGCUCAGCCGGAUGGCGGGAGAAGAUUACAGCGAGGACGGUUCCGAGCCAUCGAUCGCCGACUGUGUCGAGAUGGUGACGAAAACGAUCCAAACCGAGGGUAAGAUACGCAAGAAGAAGGAUGAAUGAGAGGAGCCGGUUGCACAGGGCGAUCGGUGCUUCGGGGGGAUUGAGAUGGUUCCAGUGCAAAGCAGUUGGAUGUCUCGUCCGGGUUCUGAGCGACAUUUAGGUUUGUUAUGUGUUUUUGUGUCUGCAUUUGUCGGUGCCGUCGGUGCUUUUGAACGGAUAGUUCAAACUCUCAGGUCGACGAUUCAUCGGCGUCAAUUCGCGUAAGCGUAGAUGGUGUGUCAUUGUCUUUCGUUUCACUUUUGUUUUAAACUAAAUAUUAAACUCGGUACUGAUUGUGCAUUGACUGAUUUGCAAGGAAAAGGAAUUCUUAAUGCACAGCAAAAUAGUUGCGAGAUGAACGUGUAAGCGUGUAAACACUGGAGUACAAAUGUAGGUUUGAAGUAUUGAAACUUCAAGCAAGAUCUUUCACAACUACAAAAAAGGUGCCACAAUUUUGCUGAAACUCACCAAAUGACAAUAAAUGAUUGCAGGGAAAGAAGAGUCAAGAAUAGCCAGCAAACAAACAAACAAACGAAAAAUACAUCAAAACCAAACCAAGCGCAUCCUCAUGCUUUCGGAUGGCAGCCAAACGUAAAAGUGCCAUACAAUGUAAUAACGCGCAAGUGGCAAACACGGUCAACAAGGAGCAGGUCUACAGUGGUGAUAUCUUGUAGGAGAAUAGAGGACACCAUUGCCAAACAAAGGUAGGACAGAGCUAGGGUGGCAAACCAUGCAACGCACUCACAUACAGUUACAGCUGGUUCCGCGUUCCUAGGCGUGUUGUCGUUGGCGAGUCAAAGUCCACUGGACGACAGUAUAAGCACGAGGAGUGUCAUAUUCGUGCUAGUAGCUUAGCGCCAGUCCCGAAAAUAAAGUAGUCCAUAACGCCUCCCGUUUAGCGUCUCAGUCGUUAUUAUCACGUUCGAGGUGCAGCAGCAUCAACGGUAACUCCCUGAGCCAGGGGGCCCGCGGGAGAAAGUUUUGUUGCGAAAAAUCUCGUCCGUACAGUUUUGUUUUCUUAAAUAGUUGACGGUUUCCGGCCACUUCACCACCACCAACACAGCCAUAUUAAGUCGUAAGUGGGUCCGAAGAAUGAUCCGUGAGUCAUGCUGGGUGGCGCUGCAUUAAGUCAUGCUCGAGUCAAAAGGGCUCGGCCACUAUAGGUUAGAUUGCUCGCACCGGUUAAAUGCAGGCAACAAUGGCGACCUAGUUUUUUGUACAUACAUAUUUGCUGAUUGUUUUCGAAAAACACAACGCAUCGGAUUUAGCGGUAACAAAGUGGACAUUAAGCAUAGCGAUGUAAGCGCGUCUUGUUUUGUAAUACUUACAAAAUCGACUAGGUACCUUAGGAGUGUUAAGGUUAAACUAUAUACAAAUAUUGUGAUUGAGCGGUACGAGCGAUGAGAACAGAACGAUGAUCUACGAAACAACUACAAGUUUGUGAGAUACUGGAAAAAAGGAAAACAAAAAAGGUGACAAAAGAAAAAAAAAGCAAAUAAAAUAUUUUUGUAUGAAAUAAUGAAACGAA